ACGAGACAUAUCCUGAUAACAGUCGCUAAUCGGGCAAAGCUGUUCUCUUUCCACGCAAGUGUAUGAUAAACGCCUCAAGUUACAAUAGUUUCACGAAAUAUCUCUCGUGUUAAAUUAAUUAGGGUUCACCAUUUAAACAAUGGCUUAUUGUUAUCCGAAAAUUAUCUAUUACGCUAUUAUUUUUCAGACUUUGAUUAUAAUAUACAAUUUAGUUCUCAAGUGGCCAAGUAAUGAUUGCAGUCCAGUUGAACGAACGGUGGACGAUAUAAUCUGGCGUUAUCAUACUGAAGGUGAGUGCAGGAGAACAACACAAUCGGAAACCAUAGCAGAAGCUAUGCUCAAGAAAUUAAGAGCAUCAGAUUCUGUUUGUACAGCAGCGUGUAUGAAGAAAGUUCACAACGUUAACUGGAAUGGAUUUCUAAUUAUGACUGACGAUCCGCUUGGAGAAGCGCUAAGUAUAUGUGGAGAAGCUGGAACGCAAACCUGCACGUCUGGAUGAGUUGGUGAUCUGAAACCAAAAAUAGACAAGAGUCCAUGUCAAUCGAAAUAAUUUUUCUUCUGCAUUUCUCGGUUUUGUGUACAAAAGUACCAUCUCAUACGUGCAAGGAAUAUUAAGUAAAACAGAAAUAUAAACAUCUA